AUGUGGUCACCAGCGCGAGCACCAGCGCCUGAGCCAGCACCAGCGUCAGGGCCUCUGUCGGUGUCGGUGUCAUCCCCGUUCACGCUAGAAGAGUUCGCGGACCUCGUGUCCGCCGCGCUUGAUCCCCAUCCUCAUCCCCAUCCCCAUCGGAGCUGUCCUAGUCCUGCUCCUAGUCCGAGCGCUACUCCUAGCGCAAGCGCAUGGUCAAGUUCACGUUCAGGGUCCAGAGCGCGGCCGGCGCUAUCCAAAUCCACAUCCAGUCCCAACGACGCGCAAUAUUCGGAUGCGCGCUGGGAUCACAAACUCAACGCAGACUCAGAAACAUCCAAGAUAUCGAUGUCGAAGGCGUCGCCACGCGUACGCUUGGCCAAGUUGACUCUGCCGUGGAUCCAGGAUCACGAAGACGAAGAGGAAGGCGGCGAAAGCGAAAGCGACCCAGACCCAGACCCAGCACCAAGCGGCCGGCGCAACUUGAACGUCAACGUUAACGAAAAUGCUCAUGACGCGCAACUAACUCGGUCUGCCUCCCACCUUCCCCGCACAACCCCAGCAGCAGCGAAGACGCCAACGCCAACGCCCACCGUGCUCAUCACUCCCCCAUCCUCAAACACAAACAACACCGACGCACCCGCACCCACACCCGAGCCCCGCGUCAAAUUCGCACUAUCGCACCAAAUUCCUAUCCCCCCACCGCCUCCUAUCCCAGAAUACAUCCCUCUCGGCGCCGCUCGCGCUAUUCAUAUUCAACCCACCAACCCCAACACCAGCGCCAACAACAACAACAACGACGACGACGAUAAUAGAAAUAAAAAUAAAAAUAAAUUUCAAGAUCAUUCUAAUCACAACCACAACCACAACCACAACAAUUAUAAUAACAACGACAGCGGCGAUACCAUGCCGCUCUUAUACGCCCCCCCACCACCACCACCUCCUCCAUCACCCCGUCUACUAGCGAACGCACCGCUGCCCAUCACACCGGGUGUAAACACCGGAGUCGGACUCGGAGACAGGGACAGGGACGGGGCGCAGGGCGGAUGUCUAGAGUUCGAGUUUGGGUUCGGGUUCGAGGGUGUGAGCGGGUGUGUCGGGGGGAGUAGGGAGCGGGGGGUGUCGAGGAGUCGUGAGAGGGCUGGGGUGGGGGUUGGGGUGAGGGAUAGGUCGAGGGAUAAGGAGAGGGAGAGGGAGAGGGAUAAGGAUAAGGAAAGAGAGAGGGAGAGGGAGAGGUCGAAGGAACAAGGGAAGGAGAGGGAGCGCACGCGCACGGGCACGCGCGCUGAGCCGCCCCGCGAUACGCUGCGCGUACCUGCAUCUGUAUCUGGUCGGGUGUCCGCGCCACCGUUACCGUUACCGUCCUCAUCCUCAUCUCCGUCUACCUCCAUCUCGACGAUGUCGACGACGAUGCUAACGCCCCCACGAGCCAGAGCGCGCGUGCCUACGCCUACUCCGUUGGCUGUUGCCGCGUACCCGUCCCCUUCCUCUUCGUCUUCUGGGUCUGGGUCUGGGUCUGGGUUUGGCUCUGCGUCCGCUUCGCCGUCGCCGUCGCCUUCGUCUUCGUCAACUAAACACACAAAAGGAAAAACGAAAGGAAAGAAAACGGGAAAGACAAAAACAAAGUCAAAGACGAAGAAAGCCGACAAGGUAAUGGCAACGGAAACAGAAAAGACAACAGAAAAGGCGAAUGAAAAGACGGAUGAACGAUCUGUCCCAACCGUACACAAAGCGUCGUCAAAGUUGAAUCUGAAUCUCAAGAUCCCUUCGCCGUUAAAGUCUUACGCCAGUGCCAGUGCCAAUUCCAGCGCCAACUCUAACACGCCUCUCUCACCUAGCACGCCUCUAACAUCCAACGCCCCAUUAUCACCAUUAUCACCACUCUCACCUUCAUCGCCUGUGUCGCCGCUCUCGCCCAACUCGCCCAACACAGCGGCAGCGAAAUCGCUAGCGCUCUUCGCGCGCAUCAAAAAGCAGCUUUCGAGGGGUACCCUUAACCUUUCUGCUGCUGGUGGUGGUGGUGGUCAGGCGGGAUUGGGUCAGGCUGCGGGAUUGGUGGUGAUGGGAGGAGGCUCGGGGGCGGGGGUUGGAUUUAAGUCUGGGUCUGGGUCUGCCUCGAGCGUGCGUGUGUGUAAGGAUGAACAGAAGGUUGCGGAUGGACAGGAACAGGAACAGGAGGAGGAUGGACAAGAGCAGGAGCAGGAGCUCGAGCUCGAACUCGCGCUGGAGUAUAAACACGACACGGCGUUCGAGUAUCAGUUCGAGCUUCCCGCUUCUCCUUCGGUUUCGGUUUCGCCUUCUUCGCCGUCUUUUGCGUUGUCUUUGCCUUCGCCGGAUUUUGCUUUGGCUUUGGCUUCGCAUUUGCCGGUGGUAUCUACAGCGCUGACAUCCGGGACUGGGACUGGGACCAGGUCUGGGCCUGCUUCAGCGUCGACGGCCGCAAUAUCCUCAACACCAGCACCAACGCGUGGUCAAGAACAAGAACAAGAACAGAAAGACAUAUCACCGAUCCCGUUUCCUACCCAUGCACAUGAAAAUUCAGCUUCAGCGUCGGACGUGUCAAUGUCGACUUCGAGAGGUGGGAUGUUGCGCAGUAGGAGGAGGAGUAAGGGGCGGGGUAGGGGUGGGUGCGGUGGGGGUGGGGGUGGUAUAGAGGAUCGUGAGGAGAAAGGGGAUGAAGGAAGAGGAAGAGAAAGGGAUGGAGGAGGUGGAAGAGAUGGAUAUGGAGAUACAAAUCCAAGUGCAGGUGCAAGCGCACGUGAAAAUGCACACGCACACGCACGCGGAGGCGGAGGCGGAGGCAAAUACGCUCCACGCGCGGACGCGGUUAUCGAUAUUGGCUCUCCGUUCUCGCUCUCGCAUCAACAGCACCAACAACAUCCAACCACUACUUUUACUACUACUACUACCACCACACCCACCACCACUACAACACCAAAGACAACGACAAAGACAACGACAACGCUCCCCCCACGCGCACUCGACGGCGCCAUCUUCGGCUUCAAAACCUUCAAAAACGUCAAAAAUGGGUAUGCGCCGUAUGAGAGGGAUUAUGAGUAUGAUGGGCGCGGGUACGAGUCGGGGUCGGGGUCGAAUGUCUCUGAUGAGCCGGGGCUGGAGCGGGGGCGAGAGGGAGAGUGGGAGGGGGAUGGGGAGCGAGAGGGAGAGUGGGAGGGGGACGAGUCGCCGUCGGUGUAUUCGUGUGAGAGUGCUGUGAGAAUGGAUGAGGUUGUCGGUGUGGGUGGGGGUGUAAAUGGCGAGGCAGAGGAGGACAGUGCACACCAUCACCGACAAGAAUACCAACGCGAACACGAACAUGAAGGAGACGAGGAGGAGCUCGACGACGCACACUCCCUCAUCGGCUCGUCGUGCUCGUAUUUUGUUGCGCUCCGCGCUAGGAAGGAUGCGGCGAGGGAAUUUGGAGCCGAGUUUGGGGUAUCUUCUUCGCCUUCGCCUUCGGGUGGAGGUGGAGGUGGGGAGUAUGAAGAUCUAGGCGCUGGCUCUGUGGAACAAAUCGAAGAAGGCGGGAUGUCAAACUCAAAUGCAAACGCGAACACGUUCACGCCGUACGUCCCGCUCGUUAUCCAGCACGAGCGCGAGCGCGCGCAGGUGCAGGCGCGGGAUAUGAAGAGGGCGUCCAUGUCGAUGUCGGUGAAGUCGACGCGUUCGUCUUUGUCGCCAUCACCAGUACCAUCACCAGCGUCCGCAUCGGUGUCGGCGUCCUCACGGCGAAGACGCGCAAACGUGCCUCUACCACUACCAUUGCCACUGUUAUCAACAGCAGCAGCAGCGCCAUCGUCCCCUAUCCUUCCUUCGCCACCGCUUUCGCCUUCGCCGUGGCUUUCGCCUACAAGUCCAACUGCUCUUCCACUCCAACAACAGUACCACCACCAGCCGCAUCACCACCACCAGCCGCAUCACCACCACCAGCCGCACCAGCAGCAGCAGCUCCCACCAAGAUUCUCACGCUCUCUCUCCGUAUCAAGCACAGAGAGCGGGGCGCCUGUUACACCGUGUACGCCAUUGUUCGUUAUUACGGAUGCGGAUGGACGGAGCUCGCGUGCUGUGCAGGGGAAAGAUUGUGUAGGCGACGACCAAGAUGAGGAGGAGGAGGGGGAGGUGGGUGUGGUGGGUGGUCGAGUGGGUGGAGGAGAGAGGAAAUUGGAUAGAGGUAGAGGUGGGCAUGGGCACGGGGAUGGAGAUGGGCACAGGGAUGGAGUAAGGCGCGUGAGGUUGAGUUUGGAGGAUGAAUCUGAGGCUGUUGUGAAACAGGCUAGGCAGAUAGGGGUGUCGCGGCCUAUUGCGUUCGCGAUUCCACCUGCGUCUGCGUCGCCGACGGUACAGCAACAGCAGCAUUUCUUUGCGGCGCGUACCUCUACGGCUACGGCUACGGCUAGCCCUGCCCUAGCUUUAGAUCCCUCGGGUGCUCCGUCUGUCCAACACCAAACUCAACCACAAACUCAAUCUCAAUCUCAAUCACAAUCACACCAACAAGCAAACGCCUGUACAGCGUCCCCGCCAUCCUCACCACAAACCCAAACCUCACCACAAACCUCCACACACGCACACGCACAAGCACAAACAUCCACACAAACGCAAGCAAAAGCGCACUCGCUGAAACGAGUCAAAACCCGCUCGAGACAGAGUAUGGCCGUACAUGCCGCUGUGCCGCUGUCGCCGCCGCCUAUGGGGCCGUUGCCUUUGCCGCCGCCUCUUUUGCAUCAACAGCAGCAGCGGGAACAGCAGAGGGAGCAGAGACGCACGUCGCUUUCGCCUUCGUUGGUGGCUUCCAAUGUGAAUUUGAAUCAGACGCAGACGCAGAGUCAACCACAUACUCAGACGCAGGCACAGCGGAGAAAUAGCGCGUCGACGGUAUCGAGCACCGGAUUCCCAGUAGCAUUGACAGCGCGCUCGUCGCUCUCGCUCUCGCUGCCCUUGUCCUCGUCCUCCGCGUCGGCGUCGUUCGCUUCCGCCUCUGCUUCCCGCGCUUCCGUCGUUUCCGCCAACUCGUCGUCGUCGUCGUCCUCUGCGUACAUGUCAAUGUCGGCGUCGAUGUCGGCGUCGAUGGCGAUGGCGAUGUGGGCCUCGCGCGCGCGCUCGGCGUCGCUUUCGUCCAGCUCGGUUGCGCGUGCGGGUGUUGCGGUUGGCGCGGGUGCUGUUGCUGGUGGUGGUGUUGGUGGGGGUGUUGGUGUUGGGGGGGAAAGGACGGUCGUGUCGAAAACGACUGAGAGGGAGAGGGAAGCGUCUAUUUCGGAUGGGUCGUCUUUUUGGGCGCGGGAUGAUGAUGAUGAGGAGGAGGAGGAGGAGGGUCAGCAGGGGAUGGAGCAGGAGCAGGGGGUGGUAGAGGAGCAGGGGCAGGGGCAGGAGGAUGGUGUGCGCGUUUUGGCGGCUAAUACACUCUCCAACGCCAACGUCAACGCCAACGCGAAUGCCAACGCGACUUUGAAUGUAAACCAAGACAGGACGAGUGUCACCGGGACACACAAAAUCUCUCUUCCUCCUUAUCCUUCUCAUCAUCUUCCACUACCUACCCCCACCCCCACCCCCGCCCCCGCGCCUGUGCCGCUGAUAGGCGUCGGCAGACAGAUCGUGCGGCGCGGGACACCGAAGCGGGUCGGAGAGGACGGUGUGGGCGAGUGGACGCUUUUGUUAGGCGCGAGUGAUGAGGAUGUGUUGGAUGUGGAGGAGGGUGGGGAGAAGAAGGUGAAGAAGAAGGGGAGGAGUGUGGGUGUGGGUAUGGGUAGAGCCGCAGCGGGGGCGGGGAGGAUGUUGAGUGUGCCGACGGCCAUGGGGAGAGGUGGAUGUGUGGGUGGAAAUGCGGGUGGUGGUGGUGUAGAGCGUAUGAGGACAAAGUCAGAGUCGGCGCUUCGCGUCAAGAACACAUCCGACGCUGCUGCUGCUGCUGCUCCUGUUCCUGGUGGAUCGGGCGUGCAGGACUGGACGCUGCUGCUUCCUGGCCUAGGAAACAAAAAGUCGUUCAUCAAAGCCGCCGCCGCCGCUGCUGCUGCUGCGGAGGCGGCGACGCAAGCUCCUGGUGUAUCUGUAACCGCGAUCGCGAUGUCCUCGACUUCUACUGCUUCUGCUGCUGCAGGUGCAGGUGCAGGUGCCAUAGGUGACACUAGUGCUAGUCGAAAAGGAGGGCACAACAACAACGCGGCAGCAGCAGCGGCGGAGAUCUGCGUCCCGCGCGUCGUAUCCGUCGGGAGCGGGAUCAACACCAGCAGCGCCGUAUCCGUCUCUCUCCUCAAACCCAACGACGACAACGACGACGAGGACGAUGACGAGGACGAUGACAACUCGUCCAUCGGCACUGCACCGAGAGAGCGGAAUGUGCACAAUUUGAAUUCGAAUUUGAAUUUGAGUGUGAAUGGGGCGAUGACGAUGACGAUGAACCUGGAAAGCCUGCAUAAGCUCGAGAAGGACCUGGAGAAGUUUAAUGCGAUGAUUUUGCGGACGCCGUCGAUUAUGGGGCUUGGGCUUGGGAUUGCGGGUGGUGGUGGUGGUGCUGCUGCAGGAGUAGCAGGAGGUGGUGGUGCUGGUGCUGGUGGAUUGAGACAUACCAAGUCGUGCGGUGUGUUACCAGGCGUCGACGAGCCGCCGCCUAAAAAUGCAGUGUUGCGCAGUGUGGAGGUCUUCGGCGAUUCUCUAAACAUAAACACCACAAUGACGGCGAGGACGGCGAGAACGACGAUGCUGGCUGCGCCGGUCUCGCGCGCGCGCAGGCUGAACUCGACCGCGACGUUGCGGAUCGACACCUCGUCGUCUGCGGCUGCUAGUGCUCGUGCUAGUGCUCGUGCUAGUGCUAGUGGUAGUGGUAGUGGGACAGGCAAUCUACACAGGAUGCGGUCGACUUCGUCGGCUGCGUCUGUGUCGUCUGCGGAGGUUACGCCCACGGCGCUCUCUCCGGUUUCGGGAUUGUCGAAGGUGGUUUUGGUAUCUUCUCAGCAGCAGCAGCAGCCAAUGACUACAAACACUACAACUACAACUACGACUACAACUACGACUAUGACUGCGCCGCAGACUCUGCCAGCGCUAUCCCCAUCCCCGUCGCCCUCGCCCUCGCCCUCGCCGACGUCGUUCCGCGCUGUCCAUGCCCAGCGCGACUCGGUGCUCAGCGUGGUCAGCAGCUCGAACGAUGUGUACUUUUCCGACUCGAGUUUUUCGGGGGAGUAUUAUAGCGCGCGGUCGAGCUUUACGAGUGCGUUGGCUGGGGAUGUUGUUAGUUCGUGGGAGUGA